AUGCAGAGGAACCAGAGCCCAACAUGCCUUGUCCUCCACCAAACAACUCAAGCCCACACAAACCCUCACACCACCACCUUCUCCCCCCUCCACCCCUCAGGAUACCAAACCAUACAAACCUCCCACCCCUCCCCCACCCUCUCCUCCCUCAAAACCUCAAACCCACACUUCUCAUACAAUCGCCUCGCCACCACACUCGACUCCAACACCAUCGGCACCCCCGUCCCACCAACCCCCUCGUCUCCACGCGCUAGCCGCUGCCCCUCGCGCACAAGCAGCGCACCCAGCCCGCGCCGCUGGUACUGCGGGUGA